AUGUUUGUAUGGGUCAGUGGAAAUGGAGAUGUUCGCGUUUGGGACUGCCAUACUGGUCGAUGUGUUGAUCAAGGCAAUCUUGGUGCUCAAAUUGGAUUUUUAAUCAGCCAAGGCCCAUGGUUAUUCGCUGGAUUAAGGAACCUUGUGAAAGCAUGGAACCUGAAAACAGAAAUGCAAUACAGUAUCGAUGGACCGGUUGGGCAAGUUUAUGCGCUUGAGGCAACCACUGAAGAUGUGCUUUUUGCUGGGACGGAGGACGGAAGCAUAUUUAUCUGGAAAUGCAAUCCCGAAAGCAACUCAUUUCCGUUGAUUUCAAUUUUGAAAGGUCACACUGCCAGCGUCCUUUCACUGCAAGUAGGAUGCAAGUCACUGUAUUCCAGUUCAAUGGAUAAUAUGAUUCGAAUUUGGGCUUGUGGUAAAGAUGGUAGCAUGGGAGUUACCCAUACACGUGAUGAAGAGCAUCCUAUCCUGGCACUGUUUGGGAUGGACGAUGCGUAUGAUAAACCCAUAUUGUGUUGCUCUUGCAAUGAUAAUUCUGCCAUAUUAUAUGAAUUACCAUCGUUUACUAAGAGGGGAACGAUAUUUGGUAAGCAAGAAGUUGGAAGAAUUCAAUCAGGUCCAGGGGGGCUUUUCUUCACUGGUGAUGGGACUGGCUUACUCCACGCACUGUUUUAG